AUGCAGCUGAAGACGUUGCAGAUUGUCUGGCAUGGAAAAGAACCUGUUCUUAGCGUUGACUUUCAGCCAAACAGCCACACCCUAGUCUCGGGCGGACAGGACGGCGAAGUCAAGGGGCCGCGGCCACGAAUGGUUGCGCCGCCAGUGCCGCCACUAGUGGCAUCUGGCGCCAACGCGUUGCUCAGCGGCGGCAUCGAGAACAACUGCAUCCUGUGGGAUGUGGACGGGCGCAAGUCGCUGAAGUGGCUCCAGGACCACGGCCACUACGUCCAGGGAGUGGCGUGGGACCCCCUCGGCCGCUACAUCGCCACUCAGUCGGCCGACCGCACCGCCCGGGUGUACUCCGUGAAGCCGCCGCCGCAGUCGGCGGCGGCAGCGGCUGGUGGGUCCCUGUGCAGAAGUGGCGCAGGGAGGGUUGCCGUGAAACGGUGUGCGGUUCGCGGGAUGGGAGGCAGCUGGAGGACUGGGGGGAGUCACUGCUCACUCAGUAGCCAGCAAUAUUGCCUUUGGCAUACGAAAACCAAGUUACCUGGGACCGCUAAGCAGCCCCUCUUCAGCGACGACUCGCUGCCCACCUUCUUCCGCCGCCUGGCCUGGUCACCGGACGGGGCAUUCCUGGCGGCGCCUGCGGGCGUCUACAGGGGGGUUAAGAACGUUCUUAAGUCAUUCUUAGCCCAGCCAAAUUGA